AUGAACUACGAAUACAAACACAUAUCCAAACUAGUCCCUCGCCAUAGAGUGCCCUUUUUUAUUUCCAUACUGCUCACUACGGUUCUUAGCCCCGUGACAAUGGGGUACGACUCUUUGAUGAUGGGUAACUUGAAUGCAUUACCACAGUAUUUGGAUUACUUUCAUAUAAGAGAUGAUGCAGCUCUCUUGGGUUGGAUGUCUGCCGCUGUAUGGGUCGGAAGUAUACUGUCAUGCUUCUUAAUGCAACAACUCUCCGACAAAUUGGGUCGUAAAAAAUCCAUCGUGAUUUCGGUCAUCGUUGGACUUGUGGGUGUUAUUCUUCAAAGUGCUGCGAAAAAUAUUGCGAUGUUUAGUAUUGGCAGGGUGAUUAUUGGUUUUGGAACGCAACUGUCGGUGGCAGCGGCUCCGACACUGAUCUCCGAGCUUGCGCUCCCAAAGCACAGAGGGUUUCUAGGUGGACUUGCAUUCACGUGUUUCCAAGUUGGAGCCUUGAUUGCUUCUGGUGUCACCUAUGGUACCCGCAAUAUAACAACCACUUGGGCCUGGAGAAUUCCUUCGAUUAUUCAGUGUGUUCCAGCACUCUUUUCUAUUGCGGCUUUGGUCUUCAUUCCCGAAUCGCCCCGCUGGCUGAUAAGUGUAGGACAAUUUGACAAAGCUUCUGAGGUUAUAUCUAUUGCCGAGGGAAUCGAUAUUGAUGCGGGCAUGAAACGAGUUCAGGAAAUUCAAGUUGUUAUAGAAGAAGAAAAAGCAAGAGUAUCUUCCAGUCCAUGGAAAGAAAUCACAAAAGGAGUUUACAAUUGGAAAAGACUUUUUAUUAUGCUUACUCAGGGUCUAGUGACCGAGUUGGCUGGGUCCUCUGUUGGGACUUACUACUUUUCCCUGCUGUUGAAUCAAGCUGGUGUUACCGAUGUUAGCACUGUUCUACAAGUCGGAAUCAUCCAAUCAUCAUGGUGUUUAGUAAUAGCUUUAAUAGCGUGCUUUACUUUGGAUAUUGUUGGAAGAAAGCCCCAGGCGCUAUUUGGUACCACUGGUAUGAUUGUUUCCUUUUUCAUCUUGGGUGGUCUCAUUAAGAAAUAUGGAAAUUCAGACAACGUCUCUGGGUCAUAUGGAGCCAUUGCGUGUAUGUUUUUGUUUCAAGGAUUCUACAAUCUUUGCUGGACACCAAUGAACACUCUGUAUCCUCCGGAAAUCUGGCCGUUCAAACUUCGUUCAGCUGGAGUAACAGUUUUCAAGUUCUUCAACUGUGGUUUUGGUCUUUUCGGAACUUUCAUCUUACCAAUAGGUAUGUCGAACUUAGGUUGGAAGUUUUACAUGCUGAAUGCAGGAUAUGAUAUCAUUUUUUUGCCCAUAAUCUAUUUUGUGUGGGUUGAGACGAAGGGUGUCUCACUCGAAACUCUAGAUGAAUUGAUUGGUUGUCCAGUUGUGCUGGAUGAAGAGUCACUAAGUUCUGUAGAGCUUGUGCAGGUUGACGGUAGAGGCAAGUCUGACAAACAAUGA